AUGGGGGGUGGUGAUCAGCAAGGGAUCAUGGCGUUUGACGUGACGUCGAAGUUUAGAGCUGCUGCUGGGGUGACAGCGUUGGAACUGGGCGAAUUAGUCAAGGAUGGGUUUUUCAGUUUGUUUGAGAGUGUGGGCGCUUUAGAGAUCAUGGACCCGAAGAUGGACAGCGGCUGUCUUGCUCCCGGGGAGAGCCUGGAUGAGGAUUAUGAUGUGACGAGGGUGUUGAGUCCGGGGGAGGUGAUUGGGAUUAUUGACCAGAUGUUUUGUCUUGAGAUGGCUUGGUAUCAGGGGUAUCCUCUUUCGCAGACGUUGUUGACGAAUGUGUAUAUUGAUCGGAUGCUGGAGCCGGAGCCGAUGGUUUUGGGGGAUGCGGAUUUUAUUAGGGGGAAAGCAGUGGGGGAGGGGGAGACGAUGCAUGUUGUGCUGAGGGCUUAUUGUUUGGGGGUGGUGAAGUGUUGUUGGUAUAUUAAUGAUCGGAUCAAGUUUGAGCAUUAUUAUGAGGUGAGUUUUUUUUUUUUUUUUUUUUAG